GUUGCGAGCCCAGAGACAAAGAGCAGCACCAGCAGCAGGAAGGCAGAAGACAUCUUCAUUAUUCCCUGUUGUGACUCGAUUGUACUGACUUCCACCUCUUGAGCCUUUGUGUCUCAUUCUCUUCUCGUCGUCUGAAGAGAACCCCAGGCCCAUCCAGGCAGCUCGUUAGGAUUAACAGAAGUCAGUACAAUCGAGUCACAACAGGGAAUAAUGAAGAUGUCUUCUGCCUUCCUGCUGCUGGUGCUGCUCUUUGUCUCUGGGCUCGCAACAGGACAGAGGCAACAAAGACAGAAGUGGAAAAGAAGCUAUGAAAAGUUUAAAAAAAAGCAUAUCAUCAACAAUAUGACUGAGAAUGAUUGCAAUCACGUGAUGAAAAAUAGAAGUAUCUUUGUUUAUGUUAAACGUGUCAGAAUGUGUAAACCAAAAAAUACGUUCAUCCUUGCCCAACCUAAAGAAAUGGUAAAAUCAAUUUGUAAAGGUCAAAGAAAUAAAAAAAUACGAAGUAAAAAAGGGUUUCACAUUGUUGAAUGUGUGCUUUUUGACGGAAGCAAUGUAUUCAAUUGUAGGUACGAAGGUAAACAUAUGGAAAAAAAAAUUACAGUUAAAUGUGAAGGAGGUUCCCCUGUGCACUAUGAGGGAGACAUAUAGAUUUAAGUAUAAAGAUUGUACUCUACAUCUGCAUGUACUUCACCUGGUUGUUGCUGCUGCAUUGAAUGUAGCUGGUAUCACAUAAAUGAUAAAAACAAAUGAAUAAAAAUGAUGAUGCUGAACCAGAA